AUGACUUUAAACGAUUUUUCGAUAUGUGAAAGUAGGAUUUUUGGGGAUAAAAAUCGUAGCAGAAAAGUUGCAGAUUUUUGGCGCUGCAACAGUGAAGUAACCAAUUACUUGAUUAUGAAACAGCCGAACACUGACGAGAAUGCUAGAUCUCGUAGUUUGGUGACUCUCCAGAGGGAGAAUCCGCCUACCUUCAAGGGUAUGUAUGAUCUUGAUGAAGCAUUGACUUGGUUGAAGGAGAUUGAGAGAAUCAUCCGUGUGAUGGAUUGCACUCCAGCACAGAAGGUUCGAUAUGGAACUCAUAUGCUAGCAGUCGAGGUUGAUGAGUGGUGGCUAGAGACUCGUCAGAGAUUGGAAACUGCAGGUGAAAAGAUCACUUGGGUCGUGUUCCGUAGAGAAUUCAUGAGGAAAUAUUAUCCUGAAGAUGUUCGGGGAAAGAAAGAAAUUGAGUUUCUCGAACUGAAGCAGGGAAAUAAGUCGGUUACAGAGUAUGCUAUGAAGUUUGUUGAGUUGGGCAAGUUUUAUUUGCACUAUAGUGAGGCGACUUCUGAAUUUUCAAAUUGCAUCAAAUUUUAG